AGCAGCAACCAAAAAUCACCAUGAAGUUCCUCAUCGUCUUCGUUGCCCUCUUCGCCGUGGCUCUGGCCGCUCCUGCUGGUCAGGAAGCUCAGAUCCUCCGUUCGGAGUCCGAUGUUGGACCCGAGAGCUUCAAAUACGACUGGGAGACUAGCGAUGGCCAGGCUGCUCAGGCAGCGGGACAGCUGAAGAACAUUGGAACCGAGCAGGAGGCCAUCUCCGUCCAAGGCUCUUACCGCUUCGUUGGUGAUGAUGGCGUCACCUACGAGGUCACCUACAUCGCCGAUGAGAACGGUUUCCAGCCCCAGGGUGCUCAUCUGCCCGUUGCCCCCGAGGCCUAAGAUGGAUUGCUACCUUCAAUCUACCUCAAAUCCUUGUUAGUUCCACCAAACCGAUCCUGUCCUUAUUUUAAAAGGAUGGGAACUAAGUCAGCUUGUUAAAUAUUAAACGAAAUAAUGAAUAUCCGAAA